GGACGGCUUUUCGCGGUAACUUUCCUGUCAGCGAGUCCGAGCAGCAGUCAGCAGCUACAGAGAGCCGAUCUGCUACCCUGGGUCGCUGAUGAGCAACACUAUUAUCUGAGGAGGAAUCAUGGAAUAAACAUGGCCCACAAUAGAAGCUAUUUCUUUGAAGCCCUGGGUAGGUCAGAGACCAGGCGAGAUGGAGGGUACAAGCACAACUGGAGCUUUUCUCACUCUGGUGACAGUGAAGAGGAAAGGAUACACGAUACGAGCGUGGUGAGCGUGGAGGAGAUGGACCGGCAGCAGCCGACCUCCCCCGAGGAGAAAAAGUCUCCAUCUCUAAGACACUUCACUUCCUCGGAUCCUCUGAGAACGUAUGAAAACCGGCCAAAUAAUCACAUGAGGCCUCUGAGCAAGCUGCUGCCCAAAAGGAUCAGCGAGGUCCCCCUCUCAGUAGCAACGUCGUCCCCCAUCCCCAACAGAACCAACUAUUUAAUCAUCAAUCCCGCAUCUUCACAAGGAAUCGUUUUACAGGGCCGACAUUUCCAGCACGCACAGAUGCCCUCCGCAAUAAGGAAACCAGUCCAAAGAAACGACUUCUCCACCACGCAGCAGGCUGUAGAAGUGGACAGCAUCGUCCUCACCUGUCCAGAGGACCCAGAAGAGGAGAACCUGAACAUAAAGCGUCGCGCUCAGCAGAAGAGGAGACAGUUAGAGGACUGCUGUAGCUUUCCCUCCCAGGUCAAAGCAGCGGAGCCUCUCCGGCAGCCCAUCUACCAGUCAGUGUGUGGGAAGUGCAAGAAGCCGAGCGAGGACAGCAGCGAGUGUCGGUACUGUGGGACCGGUCCGGCUCUGCUGCCCUGUCAGCAGGCCUCGCUGUCGUCCCCGACCCCCAGGCCCCCCAUCAGAUCCCAGCCCUCCCCCGGACCGAACAGCCUGCAGCAGAACUUCUACAAACCGGUCACGACCAUGAGGGCGCCGCGCGGGGAGACGGUGCCCGUGCGGAUCACGAGCACCCGGGCAACACUGCUGCCGCUGAACAACGGCAGGGCCCCGCUGUUAGCCGGCACGUCGAGCUGCUGCGCAGCCAGAAACCCACCUAAAGGGAAGAGGGCGACCGCCCAGCAGCACGAGCUCAACGACCCCAUCGUCCUGUCCAGUGACGACGAGGAGGAGGCCGACAACGCCAGCACGGGAAGCGCCAACAGACUGGACAGCGUCUCCCCCCGACCCGCAGACUCCGCUCACUCCUCGCCGGCGCCGUCGGGAGGCCGGGUGGAGGCUGCGGUGAAGGGCGUCGCGGAGCAGGAUGAGCCGAACACGGAGUUCUUUGAGGACGUCAACAUGAAGAUCACGAUACCGAGGAGAGCCCGGAUGAAAGACCAGUUUGGGAAUCAGCCUCCGGAGCAGUUUUCGCCGAGGACGAAGAAGCCCAAAUUCAUGCCCAGUAAGUGUGACAGCAUCAUACUGGAGUGUCGGAGUGUGAGAGUAGGAACUCUUCGCAGGAUGGUGACCAAGCCCGUCGUGUUUUCCAUCGACCACAUCCAGCUGGAGACUGAAGGGGCGGAGCGAAACACCAUCGAGAAGGUUUGCCUCCAGUCGUCGGAGCUGAUCAGCUGCGAGUGGUGCAGCGUCCGCAAACUUCCGGUCUUGUUCUUCCAGACGACCCUGGAGGAGUGCGUCCGCCUGCGCACGCAGCUUAACAUGACGAAGGAGGAGGGCGGCCAGUGGUACGACUGCUCCGGGGACCAGUCGGACGAGAAGUACAUCGUUCUGAUCUUCGAGAACGGCCUGGCGAUGAAGGAGCAGAUGAUCCUGGAGGACAUCCUGGGCGAGAUCGGCAGGAACAACAACCUCAGCAACUUCCCCGCCAAGCUGCCUUUCGAGGAGGCCAACAUCCGACUGGUCAACUACAAUAAGGCUUCCAAACAGAAGGAGGACAAGGGGAAGCCGAUACAAACCCCUCCCAAAAUCACCCACGUCUCCCCGGUCACCAAGGUAACUCAGGUCACCCCGGUCACCAUGCCCGUACGCACACGGAUGGCGACCCGGCAGCAGACCAGCACCUACUUUGAAGAUGACGACGAGGACAUGACCGACCUCCAGCCCACGUUCUCGGGACCAAUCAUCAAAUUAAUGGUGUACCCUCCUCCUCCAGCCAAAGGUGGCAUAUCAGUCACUAACGAAGACCUCCACUGCCUUAACGAUGGAGAAUUUCUAAACGACGUUAUCAUAGAUUUUUAUUUAAAAUAUUUAGUUUUAGAGAAAUUGAAAAAAGAAGAUGCACAAAGAAUCCACGUGUUCAGCUCGUUCUUCUACAAGAGGCUAAACCAGAGAGAGCGCAGGAACGUCCCGGACACAACAAACCUGCCAAUCCAGAAAAGGAAGCACAACAGGGUGAAGACGUGGACCCGGCACGUGGAUCUCUUCCAGAAGGACUUCAUUUUUGUUCCCAUUAACGAGUCAGCUCACUGGUACUUGGCCGUCAUCUGCUUCCCGGGUCUUAAAGGGCCGGUGUACGAGCAGAACCCGCUGUGUCCGUUUCCAGCCUCCACCUCGGCAGCGGAUCCCCCGUCGGAGAGCAUCCCCGACCACUGUCGCCCCCUGUCUCCGGACAGGGACGGGCUGGACAGCUCCUCAGACGACCCGUCCCCCGGCGUCCCUGAGGGUCCCACAGAGUGUCAGUCCAACGGUGACCUCGCCAAGGAGAGCGCGGCCUUCGCGGAGGCGGGGCAUGAGCCUUCCCACACCUCUGCGCUGUCCGGCAAUGGGCUGGCUGACGGAGAGCAACAGUACACAAGCGAGUUGCACAGAAUCAGUGUUUGCUACGGUUCAGGAAGAGGAGACGAUGACACGUACACCUUCUCCGACGACCAGAGCUCCGGUCAGGAUGACUGCAGCGAGGACGGCACUCUGGCUGAUGACGCGCUCGCCUCCGAGGCCUCGGCUUUGGCCUCCAAACAAACCCUCUGCAGACAGCCUUGUAUCCUCAUCAUGGACUCCCUGCGAGGUCCCGCCCGCUCGACUGUGGUGAAAACUCUGAGAGAGUACCUGGAGGUGGAGUGGGAGGUGCGUAAAGGGACUCAGAGGAGUUUCGGGAAGGAUGUGAUGAAGGGCUCCAGCCCACGUGUGCCUCAGCAGGAUAACUUCAGCGACUGCGGAGUUUACAUCCUGCAGUAUGUGGAGAGCUUCUUCGAGAAUCCGAUUCCCAGUUUCCACCUGCCGGUCAACCUGUCCGACUGGUUCCCUCAGCAGCGAAUGAAGACGAAGCGUGAGGAGAUCAAGGAGCUCAUCCUGAAGAUCCAGGAGCAACAGGAACUGGAAAAGAAGGAGUCCGACCAGGUCGACGCUCCACCUGGCUCUCCCGAAGAGCCCGAGAUCGAAGAGACUUCUGGGUUGACGGACGGGCCGCAAAACCUUCCCAUCAGCCCCUGAAACAACCCCACCUUCCUCCUCCUCCUCCUCCUCCUCCUCCUCCUCGCCAUCACUCCCGGGCCCAGCGGGAGUGUGGGGCCGAGCCUGAUUGUACGCUGCUGGUUUCAUUUCGACAUGUCUGAAACGACCCUGGACUCCCUCCAUUAACCACAGACAUGAGACACACCUUUAAAUUUGUAUUAAAUAAAACAUGACCUGUAAAUAUGCUGGAGUUUCUCCGCUGCCUUUGUAAUUUACUGUUUUAUGACUCCGUCAUAAAGUGGCCCGUUAAGUUAUGUUUUCAUAGAUGUUCUUCUCUCCAGGAGGAUCUGUGCAGAAGAUACUGUUGCGCUCUUGCAUCAUUAUUUUUUAUGCUUUCUAGUUGUGUAGAAGCAGACAGACGGUAUAAAUAAAUGAUAAAAAAAAAGAAGACUUAGAGGAAGUUGCUGUUAUUUGUUAACGAUCCACAAAAAAAAAGACCUGUUUUCUGAAAGUUGACUUCCAGCUCACGAGUCACAUACGUAGUUCAGUGCUUGCUGUGUCUCUUCGAUGUGGAGUGGAUGAAUUUUCAGCAUUAAAACGAUUCAGAUGCAAGAGCA